UGGUUGAGAGCUGAAUUUUUUCCAUUUUUACAAAAUACAAGCGACAAAUCUACUCCGGUCUCAAUAUCGAGUGGCGUGCAAAAAGGAAUCCCUUACUGGAUGUUUUGCCGCCUGUAACUAUGACAACGAGGGCAUUGUGGUGUACAGGUAAGAGGUGUCCAGGUACAAGUUGUGGCAGACAUAUCGAUAGGAUUAUUCCGACAAAAAGAGUGCAGAAGCCGGUAACGUGACGUGGAUCACCGAGUGUUCAACUGCAAAAAAUGUCGCUAUUUAAAACACGGGAGUGGUGGAGAACGCAUUGCGGCGAAAACGAGGCGUUCGACAAUCACAGUUUGUUGGUAACCCCGUUGUUCGGACCUGACAUUCACAACGUGAUUAUCGUCGGCAGCCACAACGGAUACCUCAGAAUUUAUAAACCGUCGUCAAAGUGGAUUGAAGAGGGAAAAACUUUGACUGGAUACAAACCGACGGAUCUAAUUCUCGAAUCGUCGCUAGAAAAACCAAUCAUUGAUCUAAACGUCGGUAAAUUUGUAUCCGGAUCGCAAAAUCUACACUUGGCGGUACUGUCUCCGUCAAAUUUGAUCGUCUACAAUGUAUCGAUGAUUGGCAACGCGGCCGAUGAGGAAGAUCGGUGCGUUUUAAACAUUGCCUAUGAACACAAUCUGAAGCGUCUUGGAGCUACUUUGACGGUCGGACCAUUCGGCGGUGUCCAGGGGAGGGAUUUCCUCUGUGUACAAUGCCUUGACGGAACGCUGCUGUUCUACGAGCAGGAAACGUUUGCGUUCAGUUAUAAUUUGACAAACUAUUUGUUGCCAACUCCUUUGAUAUACGUUGCCAAAAACGACGCGUUCGUAACCCUCAACUCUGCCUGGGUCUUUGAAUGCUACAGGUACCAGCACAUAGCAGAGUUCGACAAGAACAAAGAGAAGCAACCAUCCGAGCUCGGUAAAAGUCUUUACCCCGAUUGGAAAUACAACCUUGGCGAGGCCGUGAUGGACGUUAAAAUCGCAACUCUGAGCAGCGUUGAAUUAGCGAUAGUAGUGCUGGGCGAAAGAAGUCUUUAUUGUUUGAAAGACGAUUGUUCGCUGAAGUACACGAAGCGGUUCGAUUACGCGGCUCUGUGUUUCCACGUCUACGUCGUAGAACCCGACGGCGUUCUGAUGGUAAUGACAGUCACCGAAACUAACACUUUGAUGGUGUACGAAGGCACGACGCUGAGAUGGACAGCGCAAUUGCCCUUCGCUCCUGUAGCAGUGAACAGGGGAAAUUUUCAGCAUCUGGAAGGCGUGAUAGUCUUACUUUCCGACGAAGGUUCGCUGGAAGGAUGUUUCCUGGGUACCGAACCUUCCCUGUUCGUAGCUCCCCCGGUAUCCUGCACAAAAGAUUUCAACUACGAAACGGCUGAGAGUGACGUUGCAAAGUACAGAAAAAUGCUCCAGAAAUCAGCGGCUUCAGACAGUUCCCUGACCAACGCCACUGCCGAAUCGGAGAUAGGCAUAUCCGUAUGGAUGUCACCUCAUCUGGAGCCUUGUCCGUUCAACGAGGAACUCGCCGUCGAAACGGAGAAACACUCGAUGUGCCGAGUGUCGGUGGAAUUGAUACCUUACGCACCGUUGCGGCAGGUUCAAGUCAGCUUCGAAGUUCACGAUCCUCUGAUCGUCAGGGCGGAUUAUCACGAGAUCGCUAAUCUGUGUGAUCGACAUCUGGCACAGUCGGUAAUUCACAUGGGCGACAAAGCCGUUCCGGCGUCGUUGGAAACCGUGGUUACGGUAACGUACGAGAAUAGUUUUGGGGCGAUAAGAGUACUGCAGAGAAAAGCUCAGGUGCCCGUAAGACUGGUGGCGAAACUCUGUCCUCCUGAGAGCGGUUCAUCGUUCUCGAUAACCGUGAAAUCGGACGAGCCGAUCGUCAGUCUGAGUCAACUGUUUCCCGAGUUCAUCGGCGAGGAGGCGACUCUCGGUCGUAACAACAACGCAAUAGGAUUGCAAUACUUGUACACGGGAACCGUGGUGUCUAUAGCGUCGGGAACGUCGUCGAACAGAUACCGUCUUCAAUCGGAGGACAGUCUGGCUGUGGGACCGGUUGGCAGGCAGUUAAUAGCCCGUUUGAAUGGUUAUUAUUCGAGGAAACAAUGUAACUGUGUAACGAGCCAAGUGCAGCUGCAAAUUCUGAAUGCUCACAUAGACGUUCACUUUGCGUCCCGGCAGGAAGUGAGAAGAAUCAAGGAGGCCCUCGAUCUGCUGGCAACGCAGCUGAGAAAUAUCGAGAAAAAAAUGGUUUACAACUUUAAGGAAAGAUCGACCAGAUCGUUAAAAUCGUUGACGUUUUUAUUGGACGACACGUUCGAUAUGAUGUUUACGCUUCUGGAUGAUCUUAAGGAUGCCCAGCUGAAACAAUUUCGAAGUGAGAAAAAUCUGGAGCGAGCGAUUUCCUCCUUGCUGUUAUUAUUGCAAACAAAUGUAAGCGAUGAUAAAUACGCGUUAGUUGAGUCAGCGAUCGGAUUCACGCCGCAGCUGCACAGCGAUAUUGAUUGGGAAGAAAUCGCCGACGCAGCGGUUUCCAGCGCCUUGCGUUCAAAAAUGAGAAAAUCUGACAACGAAAUGUUGCGAACGGUCGGUGAAUUGGAGCCGAUAAAGGACGUGACGAAACUGAAAAAACGCAUCGCUCACCUCGUCGAAAGAUUAACGAAAGAUACCGACGACUCCGUCGGCUCGAGUGCAUCAGGGAGACUGGAAGACGUGGAGGAGGUGGCUUGAUGAAUGAUCUUCAGGAAAUGACAAACGGAUAGAGACACAAGGGAGAGGUUAUCCCGAACUGGAAGGAUCACAAGGAGUUUAAGAGCAUUCCAGGCCCACCGCACGCCUAACUUUAAGCCUCGAGGAACAAACGCGAAGGCAAAACUCCACCGAGUGUAUAAACUGCUGCCCCGGCAGCCGGCGAUGAGGUUGAGGCUGAAACACCAUGAAGCAUCGGCAUCGGCGUCUGUAUUACCACUCUUCGCAGCGAGUAUUAGUUAAAGCAGAAGAAGAAGACAAUCGGUUCCUAAGGAGGUAGUCGGGCAUCAUCCUGACCUGCACCGUCGGAUUUUUUUCCCUUUUCUUUUAGUCUCAUUCCUUUUUAUCCUCAUUCUCCGGCUUAUUUCUUCCUUUUGUUUCUUGCGCGAGGAUAUAUAUUAGGGAACAGGUAUAUAUAUAUGUAUAUAUGUA